UAAAAGUAAACAGAUAUGUAUUUAAGUAGUGGUACUUCGACUAGUUAGUACUUUCAGAACCAUGGAUCGUUACGUUGGUAAAGUUGCGGUUGUAACCGGCGCUAGCGCUGGAAUCGGUGAAGCUAUCGUUGAUAGUUUGACUAAAGCUGGCAUGAAGGUUGUGGGUUUGGCACGUCGUGUCGAACGUAUUCAAACUCUCUCCGAGAAACUUUCAAAAGAAGGUGCCAAAGGAAAAUUAUAUGCUGUUAAGUGUGACAUGCGCGUUGAAGAAGACAUUGUAAAAGCUUUUGAAUGGACAACCAAAAACGUUGGUAACAUCCAGGUCCUAGUAAACAACGCUGGUGUUGCCUCGAAAUCGAACCUAUCUGAAGGUGAGACGGAAGAUUGGCGUAAGAUUCUUGAAACCAAUGUACUUGGUCUGUGCAUUGCGACCCGAGAAGCUACAAAGAUCUUGAAGGCAAACAAAAUCGAAGGACAUGUUAUUCACAUCAAUAGUAUUGCUGGACAAUCCCACGUGUUCUUCCCUACUAUUGGAGUAUACGGAGCAUCUAAACACGCUGUUACUAACCUAACAGAAAUCUUUAGACAAGAGAUGGUUACACAGAAAACAAAUAUUAAAAUUACCAGCAUCAGUCCGGGUAUGGUUAAGACUGAAAUCAUUGACGUGGCAAAUUUGAGCGAAGAAAUCAAGAAAAUGUUUGCUAGUUUGGCAUAUUUGGAGAGCCAAGAUAUUGCUGAUGCUGUGAUUUAUGUCUUGGGUGUACCUCAAAGAGUUCAAAUCAAUGAACUGACAAUACGUGCACAUAAAUCUAAUUAGGUAAUUGAAGUACCUACAUUUUCUAGUAUGUUGAUUAAUAAACUGGAUUAUCACUCUUGAAAUUACGAAAGUAUAUUAUACCUGAUAUUGAUUAUAAUCUAAUUACAUACAUUGUAGUAUUUACUUACAAUUAAUAAUUACACAAUUCUUGUUUAUUAA